AAUCCCGGGAAACGGCUCACUCACCCGAGUCAUUCUCUCACAAAAACAACUUUAAACUUACUAACUAAAGGUAUUAGGUGUGUGACUCUUAUGUUAAUAAAACAACUGAGGAGAGGAAAUGCAGUAGGGAACUAAUAAGAACGAUAACAAUCUUGAUCAUCUAUUUCUGAAUCGUACGGCCUUCGUCGAAUCAGGAACGACGCGUCAACAAGUCUUGUGAUUUCGUGAUCUGUGCCAAAUCAAAAUCCUCCGCUUUUUCUUCUUGUUUUUGGCGGUUUAUUUCCAUUAAAAGUAGUAGAAAUGAUGAAGUGUGGCGGAACUGGUGAACAGCAUGCUGCUGGAGAAGAGGAAUGUAAAAUAGUAGCAGAGCUCAAGGGAGAUGUUGAGAAAAGAACGGGAAAAUCCUAUAGCACAUUUGAAGCUGUGGCUGUGAAGACACAAGUUGUAGCAGGAACAAACUAUUUCAUCAAGGUGCGCGUUGGCGAUGGUGACUACAUCCAUUUGAGGGUUUUCAAACCUCUUCCAUACACAGAUGAACCCAUUCAACUCAUUGGCGUGCAGGAAGGCAAGUCCGAGUCCGACCCAAUCGACUACUUCCAGGAAGAGAACAAGGCUUGAAGGAUACUUCAUCCAUCUUCAGCUGUAAACCAAAAAAUUUUUGCAGGCACUUUAUAUCAUGGAUUUUACAAAUGACAGAGAUUUGCGAAAUUUGUUUCGCCUCAAAACGCUGAAAGGAACUUCGUAAUCCAACAAAGAAACCCAGGAAUUUUUGAUUUUUUAAAGAAAGUUUUGUGACUCACAUAGAUAAAGGGGCGUAAAUAUUUGGAUGUUUACAGUAUUCAUUCGUGGACCAAUAUGUCAUUAUAAUGAAAAUUAUCCUCGUAGCCCUCUUCAGGGAAUAGAUACUUAGAUGCAUGUGAACUGUAAUCUGGAGCUAGAAUUGGGAAAUACAUUUUCAAAAACAUUUUCUACUGAUAUCUGUUCUAAACUUUAUAGCAUUGCAAUAGGUUUCGUGAACUCAUCUUUUAAGUUUAAAAGUUUAUAAAGGGCUUUCAGCCAUAGUUGUUUCGUAGUAUAGUGCGUGGAGCCUUCAAUUUGGGGGGGGGGUUAAAAAAUGUGUGUUUUACUGGUCAUUUGCCACUUUCCACUAGUUGAGAGGGAGGGUUAUUUCUGGUAUUUUGAUUGACUGCAAAUCUUUGGAUUUGUUUCAGUGGUAGCUAUUGGCAUAAAAAACACAUAAUUGGUUCCCUUUAAAAUACUACACUGUGUCCUCAGAAUUACACGUCCUUUUACAGGAGAGCGUUCAUAGAUUUGUCUUGAAGGAUCGGAUCAUAUACAUUUUGUACACUUUUGCAUUUCAUCAUGGGUAAAAUGUUAAAUAUGAAUGAUUUGUUAAAUAUGAAUGAUUUGUUAAAUAUGCAUGAUUUCAAUUGAUGCAGAGGUUUUCACUGCCAAACCAGAUUUCUCUACUGUCCGUUUUGUCUGGUGGCCCGCCAGGCUAUAAAAUGUGAAAUUUAUCAUCACGACAGACCAUAAUCUUUGAAGCAGAAGUGAUUUAAGGAAUUGAUACCGAACUAAAGGUUUUAGUUGUCUCGGCCUCGGUUUUUACCAACAAUUUAACUGUUGCAGUUUUGGUGAGACUUUCAAUACCAAUAGUGAAGUAUCAAUUUUUAUUCUACAACACCUCAAUUUGCAAUGCAUAAUCUGAUUUCAAAUGCUUUUUAAAUGCUUCCAUAUUUUGCACCAACCCAAGCGAUUUUGGUUGUUUAACCAUAACCGCUGAAUUCAAAACAAGGCUUCGUAGGCGCAUAGUGCAUUUACACAACAAGAAUUUUCUAUUAAAAAAGUCAUCAAUGUCUGAUGGUCAGGUUGAUAUCUACAAAAUUAUCGACGUCGGGACGACAUCAUGUUGACGCUGGUCGAUCUUGCAAGAUGUCAGCCCGACAUUCGCAUAUUUUAAUACCUGUGUAAUAUUUUGUCUGUCCAUGGAGAUGUACUUCAUCUUAAUAUUUAAUGAUCUACAAUGAAUAAAUAAAUUCUUGUGAAUAAUAUAAUGAAUACA